AUGCAUCUGUCCCUGGACACCAUGAGCAUGGUGGACGACAGCUGCCUGUCGCCCAGCAACUUCCACGAGCUGGUGAAGGGAGGGGGGGCCGCGGUGGGGGGCCGCGUCCACAGCAUCGACGUCAUCCUGGGCUUCAGCAAGGACCAGGACCCCCUGCUGAACCCCACGGGACCGGCCGGGCCCCACAAGGCCGACGUGGAGGGCCUGGGGGACCCCGGGAAGCAGGACCCCUACGGACACCUCCCCUCCCUGAGGGACAGCGCGGAGCAGGCAGCCUAUCACAACUCAGGCCUGUUCUCCCAGAAGUGCGAGGGGGACCUGGGCGAGCUGCAGAAGGGCGUGGAGAGCGAGGGGAAGUCCCCGGACCCGCUGGACGACGAGCAGCCCAAGAAGAAGCACCGCAGGAACCGCACCACCUUCACCACCUACCAGCUGCACGAGCUGGAGCGCGCCUUCGAGAAGUCCCACUACCCCGACGUGUACAGCCGCGAGGAGCUGGCCAUGAAGGUCAACCUGCCCGAGGUGCGGGUGCAGGUGUGGUUCCAGAACCGCCGGGCGAAAUGGAGGCGGCAGGAGAAGAUGGACGCCAGCACCAUGAAGCUGCACGACUCGCCCAUGCUCUCCUUCAACCGGCCGCCCAUGCACGCCAACGUGGGCCCCAUGACCAACUCCCUGCCCCUGGACCCCUGGCUGACCUCCCCCCUGUCCAGCGCCACCCCGGUCCACAGCCUGCCCGGCUUCAUGGGCCCGGCGCAGGGCCUCCAGCCCGGCUACGCCGGCCACGGCUUCCUCAACACGCCGCCGGCCAUGCCGCAGGGCAUGCAGACCAUGGCACCACCACCGUACCAGUGUCCCGCUCCCUUCUCCGACAAGUACCCGCUGGAGGACGCCGACCAGCGCAGCUCCAGCAUCGCCGUGCUGAGGAUGAAGGCCAAGGAGCACAUCCAGUCCAUGGACAAGACCUGGCAGCCCAUGUGA